GGGGGGGGGGGGGGGGGGGGGGGGGGGGACGGGACUUAACUGCACUACCUUUUGCUGCACGAUUUUAAAAGGUGCCUUGGCGUUCCCACUUGUGGCCCCCUUCGACUUGCAUGUAAGAGACACCCGCUGGAGUCAGAAAUAGGGCUGACACUCCGGAGAGGGCCUCAGGAGGGGAGGGUAGGGAGGGGGUUGACUAUCUCUGGUUUAUUUUCUUUUCUGUAAUUAGAUCGAUUAAGUAAUAUACAAUCUGUGGUGGAGACCAGAGAGCGGUCGGCCAUGGCGACUGGCGCGAGGCCAGGAGUUUUGACUGUGUGGCGUCGCCAGCAAAUACUGUACACAGGGUGGAAAUACUUUAUCUAUCCGAGCAUGGAGACAUUUUUGUUUGUUUGGACCGGGGGCUUGCAUCUGCCGAGCGGAUAAGAGCGCACAGCAGAAAUGUAUCCGCACAUUUGUCUCGGACAGAGCUCCUGCAGCAAAAAAAAAGAAAGAAAGUGGGUCGCUGUUUUUCUGAAUCGCAGAGCUUCAGCUGCUUUCUGAAAAAUGAUGUCUUCUGCCCGUGAAACCAAUGACAAACGAUGUAAACGUAGUCGCAAAUGUAAAAGAAGAAGUCAGGAGCUUUUUCUACGCUGCUUUGUCGCAGUCGCCCCGAACGAGGCAAAACAAAAAAAAAAAAAAGAGUUCAGGUUGCACAGAGAACCGUCGAUGAUGGUGCCUAAACGUUUUCUGGGGGUGGAGAAGAAUCGUUCUCCAUAUGUUUUUCUUUCUUUCACGUUUUGGUCGUGUGAUUGGUGGGAGUAUGUUGCGUGCCCCCUGGGCCAUUUCCCCCCCCCGCUCCUUCCGCGCGCUCUGCAGCAGCACUGCAGUGGCAGCGAGGUGUCGGGAGCUGGAGGCAGAUAGUUAUUAAUGCAAUUACUGAUGAGUCAAUAAUGUGCCCUGAAGGACGUGAGGACAGUGCGGUUGGUGGACCGGAUGCACACUGAGAGAUUUCAUCAUUUCUGUUGGUUUUCUAACACUUUGGUAGUAAAACGUUGUCAUGGAGGGUGAGGAGCUCCUUCAUAUGUCAGAGGCGCACAUAGUAGUGGUUUGUUUACAGAGCUGAAGACGUCCCUCGCUUUGCCGACUCACUGUCAGUAUAUGUUGUCCCCGGAUCGAAAAGUUCUUUCUUGCCUUGUGUAAUAUCUGGGAAUCUCAAAGCGUUGCGUCUUCCCGCGGAGUUUCUGCAGCUGUUUACUUGGAGGCUCCACCAUCGGCCUCCAUCCGUUCUCGUGUCUAAAGAGGAAGCAGGAGCAUAUGAAUCCAGGGAAAGACGUCUGGCGAGGGAGGCGGCCUGCUGUCUUUGUUGUUCGUCAGACCCCCUGCAGGAAUGUGGAUCUGCCAGGAUGACAGGCAGCCUCCCGCAUACCUGAGCACCCCACCGCCGCAGCCGCCACCUUUUGAGCUCUAUCGCCCCCCGGCCACCACCCACCUCCGCGGCGCUCGCCCGCUGCAGGCAGGGACCUUGGGAUUCCUGCUGUAACCCAGGAGCUUCCUCCUCUCCUUUCAGCCUUUUUUAGUUCAAGGUCAGAGUCACGGACCAGCCUUGGCCGGCCAGGGUGGUCAGCUAUAUGGGUCGGACUGUUUCCAUGAAACAGUGGCACGAAAGUGCAUAAAACCAACUUUACGUUGUGCUUCACCACAAUAUAAAUCAGUGAGCUGAUGGUUCUAGAGUUAGUCUCCAGCUGACUGGUUGCAAAUCACGGCUCUUGCAGUUCCCUGCUUCUGCAAUAUUUCUGAAUCAGUCCCACAAACUCUCUCUGACUUUGGAGCGCCACCUCUUUAGUAUGCAGCUCCCCCGCCUCCCCUUUCCAAGUACUUGUAUUGGGACAUUUUCUGGGGAGGGGACAUCUGCAGAGCUAACGCAGUGUGUGAGGAGCAGGCAGAGUCACGCUCACAGCCUCACCUCUCCUGCUGCACUCCAGUCCUGCAGGACCGCUCCCUGGCCAUCAUCACGAUGUGCCCUCUGCUGCUGCUGCUGCUGCCGCCACAGCCCCAAACUCAGCUCACACCACACACUGACACAGUAUCACCUGCUGCUCCGCUGUUGUCUACGAUGCACAGAGAGGUUUCACAACAGUAUUCGUCUUUUCCAUCGAUUAAUCUCCUCGUCUUCUUGUUCUGAAGAAACGUUUCAUUCGCGAAGCGCUGAGACUGAACCGCGUCGCUGAGCACAUUUCACGCCAAGACUUGUUGCCGUUGUAGACGAGGCCGCAUGCAGUACCACUGACGUACAGUACAUUUCUUCCCGGGAGUUAAAAGGUUCAGCAUUUGCAGCUGAGGGGAGGUGACGAGCAUUGAGCACUUCUUGCCCACCUCGCCGUCAGGACGUCCCACGUCUCUUAGCAGCACCUUAACGACGACAUCUUGAUUAUAAUCCAGCGUAGAGAAGUGAGUUUCUCUCGCUCUUUACUGUCCCCCCAAAAAAUAGAGCUGAAUCCAUAAAAGAGUGAAAGUUCGGGUCUAAAACUAAAAGCUCACCUUUUCAGCUUUGACCAAAAAAUGUUAUCCAGAAUGAUCUGUUGUCGUUUUUUUCUUUUCUUCUUUCCACUGCUUAAAUUAAAUUAAAAUUAACACAAGGUGAGGAAUAUCUUCUUUUCUUUUUUUUUAAGAUUAUGUUUAAUGUACUAUUAGCAUGCCUGGGUCCCCGAGCUUGUUUAGGGGUGUGCUCCUCCUGUGUUUUUGUCAUUAUUAUUUCUCUUUUUUUAAAUUCCUGCUCUGAAAGUAGUGAGCCUCCACUCGAUUCCUCUCAUCUCUGCUCUCAUAUACCUCACCUUCUGCCUUAGUUUUGGUUUGCGGAUGACUGUACAUCAUGAAGAAACAAAACUCCUGUCACUUUGUUUCUGAGAACAGACAAUGCUAAGUAAGGAUAUUAAAAGUUUUUUCCUUUUAUUUUUGUACGUAUGUGCUGUGCACAGCAGUCGACUGUAUUCCUGAGAUACCAAUAAAGGUUGUUUUUUUUUAACUGGUUGCUGGUUAAGUGUUAUUGUGGCAAAAAGGCUAUUUUACAAGGAAAUGUCUUAUUAUCAAUAAAAAUGGUCUUGAAUUAUUAAAGGUAAAACUCACUCAUGCGGAAAAAAUGGCCCCAGUGAGUGAUAUUACGAUAACCUACAUUAUUGGAUUGAUGAGGGAACAAAUAUUAAGUGCAUCUUUAUGGAAAAUCUAAAUUUUGUGACGUUAAAAACUCCAAUCUUACUCUUAUGCUAGAAAUAGAACUACCAAAGGACAUGUACCUCAAAACUGUACUUCAGUGCAGAACUUGAGUAAAUGUACUUUUACAUUUAAUGUGGCUCACGUGAAACUUUUUCUCCAAAUGCUGAAUAUCAAAUUGAACUACAUUAUCUUGUGUCCAUACAAUUUCAGUUUCAAGAAAAAGCUGUUGAAAUGUCAAACCCCCCCCCACAGGAGUAAACCUUAUAACGGUCCACACAUGUUGCCCUCCACUUGUAACUCCAGCCGACGAGCACAGUAACUUUCCAGGAAGCCACUGAUAAAACCACAUUGAAUGAGGCGGUGGCGCCCUCUGCUGGCACAGAGUGGAAACGUUGAGUUGGGGCAGGUGCGUAAAAGGCAAACGCAACAACUGUUUUUCAAACUGUGACUUCAUUUCCAGCCCGUUGCAGUUAAAAACUAAAAUGUACAACAUUUGAUAUGAUGCCGAUUCCUAAAUGAAGAAUUCUGAAGUUUGCACAAACUGGAAUAAGUCAGGUUAGGUCAUACAUAAAUUAAAUGGCAUAGCAUUUUAACCCCGAUUUGAUUAUUUGAUGAUUUCAUAGGUUGAUAUUCGUGUGUUUCUAUUGCCUAACACAUCAUGUUUUCAGUCCAAACAAACCCCGGAACUGGUGGACUAUUUGGAGAGAGUCGAAGGUGGAUCGGUGAAAAACGUGUCACCAAAAAUAAGAACUCCUGUUGUCUGACCGAGAGCACCGGGAUAAACAGACAGAGGUGGAAGUGGCCCUUCCGCUGCAGCAAACCCGCACAUCUGCUUUGGGGGCGAGUGGCAUUUUUUUUUUUAACUCAAAGGAUGUGAGCAGGAGUGGCACUCGGGGGGCUUUAAAUAGGAACUGUCUCCAAACUCCGGGACAACAGAGCAUCUGACUGAAGGCUUUUCCAGCAGCUCGCAGUGGAAACCGACGGGGUUUUUUGCUCCAGGAUGAACGUCAACAGCAGACUGGGGGUGCGGGACACGGUGCUGGCGCUCUUGCUCGCCAUCUUCCAGGGGUUUCCUCUCGGAGAAGCGGCCCCGAAUCCAUCCCCACUGGUCGGAUCCAACUGGGGGAACCCGAGGAGAUACAUCCACCUGCAGACCUCCACGGACCUCAACAACUUCUACUUAGAGAUCAGAUUGGACGGCACCGUGCGCAAAACUGCAGUCAGGAGUUCAUAUAGUGUGAUUUUACAGAAAGCUGAGACGAGGGAGCGCAUCGCCAUCCUAGGCGUCAAAAGUAGCCGUUACCUGUGUAUGGAUCUGGAAGGCAACCCUUUCAGCUCGCCCAUCUGCCUCAAAGACGAAUGCCUCUUCAACCACAAGCUGCUGGAGAACAACCGGGACGUGUACUACUCCUGCCGCACCGGCAUCCUGUUCAACCUGGAGGGCUCACGGCAGGUGUACUCGGCGGGCCAGAACCUGCCGCAGACCUCCCUCUUCCUGCCCAAGAAGAACACGGUGCCGCUGGAGCGCCUCCUGCUGCACAGGGAGAAGCGCAACCAGGUGGUGGACCCCUCCGACCCGCACAGCGUCUACCUGAGUCGGACCGGCGUGGGCUCGGACUCCCGCGCCAUGCCGGAGGACGACGCCGACCUGGAGCUGGAGCUGGAGGUGGAGGUGGAGGCGGGGGACGACGGGCGCAACGUGUCCCGGGAGACGCCGCUGGCUCCGUCCACCCACGACCCUUGGAACGUGCACUCGUCCAACCCGGCCAGCCCCCGGAGCUCCGGCACCAUGGGCUGACUUCACGGGGUGACCGACCCAAGUGUUGCAAGGUGGGGGCGCUCGAUUUACCUUACAGUAAGCGUCACCUUGUAGUUUAUGAUAAAUAUGAGACCAAAAAUAUAAAAUAUCUGACUUAACUUUUGGAAAAAUAACUGAAAGAAGAGGAUUUAGGUUGUUCCUUCUUUUUCCCACACUGUCUUAAUUAUAAUGCAUCUCAUUAAUCAUUCAGAAUCAUAGUGGGUUUAUACACUGAAUGUAUAUUAGACUUGACUUGCAGCCCCCCC